UAUCUACGACAUUUGAAUCAUUCGACAUCGUGUGCUCGUAGUUCACAGUUCAUACUAGAAACAAUACAGUCAAGUUUAUAAUAAAAAUGUUGAUAAUUAUCAUUAAACAAAAAUCUAAGAGAGAUGUGCAAUUUAGCAUUUCCAAUUAUGAAACCAUUUUUAGUUUGAAAAAAAAGAUUGAAAAACGUUUGGGAAUUCCUGCCGGACAAUGUGACAUUUGGUCAACAGACGGAAAUAUCGUAGACGCCGAUCUUAUAUUGGAAAUGCCAGGAGUUCAGGACGGUGAAAAUAACGACAGUCGACCGGUUACAUCAGUCUAUGACGGUAGUAAUUAUGUGGGUCGGCUUGUGGUGAUCGAAAAGGGCAAAGAGACUGUGUCGCCGGUAAGCAGCAGCUUGUCAGUGCUGGAACAAAGUUCAGAUUCCAGCAGUGAAUCUAUCGAAAAAUGUAUAAAACCACUGUUGAAUAACAUAACAUUGCUAAAGUUGCGACGUUAUUUAAACCUGCAAAAAUAACAUUAUGAAAAGCCUAAAAAUUAAUGUACGGGCACACUGUCUUCUUUACUUCCUCUUUUCCUAUUCGAAACGUGUAAGUGGCUGGUCGUGUGAAAAU